AUGAAGGACUUAUCACCCACUGUGUGGCUGGGAAAACAGCACGAUAACAAUGGCGAUACGAAAGCUGCUGAUGAUCAACUCCUGGACGCAUAUCACGUUAGCGACAGCCAGAUGUUGGUUAACGCUCAUGAGAUUUCGGAAACUCAACACGUUCAUGAUCGUCAAAUGUUGACCAUCGAUCAAGAGGUUUCCGAGCCGCAUCAUAUACCCGAUAACGAAGUGUUAACCAUAGAUGAUCAGACGUUUACGACCGUUCUCAAACCUGCUGUUCCAUCUGUACUUGUUAAGCUGUGUUUGGAACCUCCACAGCCGUUCAAUCCAGUGGUUGAGCAAACUGAUUUUGAAGUUCCAGCGUGUUCAAACCUACUAAAAAAGGUGUCACAGCUGAAGUCUGCGAUGUUUAAAUUUACAAAACCCCGACGCCAGGCUUUUAAGACAACUUUUCCGAUAACAAGACCCCAAAACUUUGAAAGAGCAAGCGCCAGGGAAGGUGAUGCAUUUAGUAUACCUGACAGUGCAGUAACCGCAACCUACAACACACACGGUCCGAGCGCUCUGAAUACUGCAUAUGAAGAAGUCGGUACCUGCAAAACCACACCCGCGGCAAAUAAGUCUAUUGCGGAAUCAAGAAGUUACAAAACUCCGCAACCUUCAAAUGUUACUACAGUAGACGCAGGCCCCUGCAAAACAACACCCCCGUCAAAUGUUACCAGUGUGGAUCAUGCGUAUAGUUUUGGCUGGAGAACACCAUUAUCAAGAAAUGGGUGUACAGACGAUAAUCGUGUUGUUCCGUGCAGGAAAUGUCCAAUCAAAGCUAUAAAGACGCCCACCUCACCAAACCAAAGGAAAUUCCGCCAUAAACCCAUUAAAAGAGUACAGUUACAGUUUGCAACAGAGGAUAAUCAAGGAUGCAGCGACAAGGUAAAUUUGACAAUUGUUGAUGACCUCAUGGAGAGCGCUAGUGAGAAUAACGAAAUAGAUAAAGCAUUUACCAAGUAUGUUCAUCACAGAAAUCUAAGUAUAUUAUAUUUAGUGCAGGACAUAUUUUGCCAGGGUAAAAAGAGCAGAACCAUAAAUUUAAAUACCAAGUACAUGGUUCUUUUUAAUAACCUGCAUGAUAAAUUGCAAAUUCUUACAUCAGCGAGACAAAUGUACCCCGGUAAAACUCAUUUCUUUUUAGAGGCCUUUGAGGAUGCCACACGUGAGCCUUACGGGCACUUACUAGUUGAUUUACAAAGCAUUACUCCAGAACAGUAUCGUUUAGGGUCGGGGUUCUUCCCACCAGCUUUACCAGCUGUGUAUAUACCAAAGAAAAAUAGCUCAAAAAAGUAA